ACGUGUAGAUAUAUUCUUUAAGGGGAUUGUAGUGCAAUGCUUAGAUCACAGGGGUUUCUUGUUUAUGUUAGCAAAGGAGAUAGAGCUCUUCAGUAGUUUGAUUGCUUGGACUGGAAGGGGAACAGCCAAGAGGGAUCAUGCCAAGCAAGAGCACCAAAACCUCAACAGCAGCCCAUCGGAAAGGCAGAGAGCCCUUAGAGGAGUCCACCAGUGACAUGGAAGUGGAAAACGAAGGCAACAGACAGCUUGGUGAAGUACCUUCACAAGCAGUUUCAAAUGAGGUGCUUGAUAAUCGAAGUUUAGAAGAGAUUUUGGGUAGCAUCUCUCCUCCCCCACCUCCAGCCAUGACCAAUGAAGCUGGUGCUCCUCGUCUCAUGAUAACUCAUAUUGUAAACCAGAACUUCAAAUCCUAUGCAGGGGAGCAAACCUUGGGACCUUUUCAUAAGCGUUUUUCAUGUAUUAUUGGACCAAAUGGCAGUGGGAAAUCCAAUGUCAUUGAUUCAAUGCUUUUUGUGUUUGGGUAUCGAGCACAAAAAAUCAGAUCCAAAAAACUCUCUGUGCUGAUCCACAAUUCUGACGAACACACGGACAUCCAGAGUUGUUCUGUGGAAAUCCACUUCCAAAAGAUCAUUGACAAGGAAGGAGAUGAUUACGAAGUCAUUCCUAACAGCAAUUUUUGUGUAUCUAGAACUGCUUAUAGAGAUAAUUCUUCUGUCUACAACAUCAAUGGAAAGAAAAAGACAUUCAAAGAUGUUGGUAUUCUUCUUCGAAGCCAUGGAAUUGAUCUGGACCAUAACAGGUUCUUAAUUUUACAG